UGACAAUCGCCACCAUUUUUAAUCAUUCGCUAAUUUUCGGUAGCCGUAGUGCGUGCAGUUUUGGUCGCUGUGCAGAAAAAAUCCAGUCAACGCUUUCUAGCUUCUUGUUCGUUGAUAAAAGUGGUUGAAUUUUGUAGCGGAGGUCAUCAGCUGUGCGUCGUUUAACUCGGCAAUCUUCACUUCUUUUGCGGCGAUUAAAUUCUUGUUACAACAUUUAAGUGGUAGACAUCUCUUCGGUCGAAUUUAGUGGUUUUUAAUUUUGCUCAGCAUGGAUAACGAUAACAACGAUCAAAACAAUCGUGACCGCUCCCGUCGCAGCGAUCGUGGGCGCAACAACUCUCGCUACAGUAACGAUCGUGACCGCAGCCGCGACCGUGAUCGUAGUGACUGCCGACGAAUUUACGUAUCCAACGUACCGUAUGAGUACCGCUGGCAGGAUCUUAAGGAUCUGUUUCGUAAAGAGGUUGGAGAUGUGUCUUUUGUUGAGUUAUUCCACGACGAAUCCAACAAGCCCCGUGGCUGCGGAAUUGUUGAGUUUGAAAAGGCGGAACACGUUCAGCUGGCCUUGGAUAAGAUGAAUCGUUUCGAUAUCAACGGGCGGCAGCUGGUUAUCAAGGAGGACUACGGUAACGAGCGGGACAAAUAUGGCCGCGUUGUGCCAAAAUCGUUCCGCGGCAAUGAACGCGACGGAGGCAACGAUAAUCGUCGGCGGGAUCGAGAUGACGACCGAAUCUCGGGACGUGACGAUGGCGUUGGCUUCAAUCCGGACUUCAAUACCUACGGUCUCAGCAUCAAGUUUUUGGAAGGUCUCGGUAUUCAGGGGCCUCUGCAUACCCGUAUUUUCAUCGCGAAUCUUGACUACAAAGUCGACGCAAAAAAGCUUAAGCAAGUUUUCAAACUUGCCGGUAAGGUCCAGAAUGUGGACCUCUCCGUAGACAAGGAUGGCAACAGUCGAGGUUUCGCAGUCAUUGAGUAUGAUCAUCCGGUGGAAGCUGUCCAAGCUAUUUCGAUGUUCGACCACCAAAUGUUGUUCGAUCGUCGUAUGACCGUUCGUCUCGAUCGCGUACUGGAGAAGGGCGAACUGAACCGUCUGCCCGAAGGUUUGAAGGGUGUUGGCAUCGGUCUGGGCCCGAACGGUGAGCCUCUGAAGGAUGUUGCCCGUAAUCUUCCGUCACUGCAGCAGAACAAUCAACUUCAGAACAAUUCCAUACAGAAUGCGGCUCCUACUCCGGUUCAACCUCCACUCGCUGGCAAUUUGCUUGGGGCUGCCGGUAGUAAUCUUUCUGGGCUGAAUUCGAAUCUUGCUGCUCAGUUGAGCAGUGUGGUUGGUCUGUCCAAUUUGACCGGUAAUUUGCAAAAUUCGAUCCUAAGUAAUGCGGCCGCCGCCGGUCUUUCGAAUUUAACUGGUUUGGGUAAUUUGGGAGCUGCUGCUGGCGCCGGUGGGCUUGGCGGUGGCGGUCUUGCGGGACUCGGUGGAUCUGGGGCGUCCGCAUUGGCCGGCUUAGGUUCGCUUGGCGGCGGUGGUGGCGGUGGCGGUGGCAACGAUAGUGGUCUAGGUGGAGGCAAUUUCAAUCAAAAUUACUCCUCUGGAGCGUUUGGCGGCAGCGGCGGAGGGGGCGGUAAUCGUGGAAAUGAUUACGAUCUUGGAUCAUCCAAUGUCCGAAACUACAGCACGGCACCAAAUGAUGACUAUGGCCGAAACUACGGAAAUAUCAACAAUGGCAACCGGAAAGUCUCCGAUACGAUUAUCAUUCGUAAUAUGCCUUCUUCUUGGACUUGGCAGACAUUGAGGGAUAAGUUCCGCGACGUUGGAGAAGUCAAGUUUGCUGAAAUUCGCGGUCAGGAUACGGGAGUUGUUCGCUUUGCCAAAGAGCGGGAUGCUGAAGUUGCCAUAAAACUCAUGGAUGGCUCUCGAUUUGACGGUCGCACCGUGGAUGUCACCUUUUUCUAAGUAAUCGACUAUUUCGGCACCCUUGUUCUGAAAUCCCUUCCGUAAUGUUAGUGCGCUUUGGUAGCAACAGCAUUUUUUCCGUAAAAACCGAUCAUUUGCGCGUAAACUGUAUCGUGUGGGUGUGGUUGCGAUUGUCCUAUGAGUACGCAGUUUCCAGUUAGUUUCUGGUUUUUAUUUGACGAGCGCGGUUUGUCAGCUUGUUUUGGAGGAUACUCGCGUGAGGGCUUUUUAUUCACCUCUAAGUCUUAAGUUUUAGUUGGGUCAGCUUCUUACGGCGUUGAUUUUCCGACAUAGCUACAUUUCAAUUAAUUUCGGUUGACAGUUUCGCAUUGGCUAGAAAUUUUUAAAGGAUACGCUUAUAUUAUACUUUAUAGGACGAAAUAGGAUGAUCGGGGGCUCUGGGUUCGAUACCCACACACUUUGAUACACAAAAACUAGCAUAAGUGACAACUUAAUAUUAUUGCAUCAUAGACGUUGCGUUUCCGAUACACGCUAGAAAGCGGGGCUGUAUUGUCACGGGAAAAAUCAAAUACAUUGUGCUCUGCUGCAUACAUUUAAACAAUUAUUGCGUUACACUGACGACGCUAGCCUGAGUACUGUAUCCAUUUCGAAUAAAGUUAAAUAUACAAAUGGUAACAACAAACUACUUAACACCAUCAGCGGUGUGUAUGACUAAUAAAUAUAAUACAGUAACAA